CUUGACAGUUAAAGCACUGGUUUUCGUGGCCAUAUUGAACAUAGCUUUUCCUGGGUCUGUAAUUGUUGUAACUCUUUUAGCAUUCCACGGAAGUGCCCGGCGUACCUUCAUCGGAAUUUUUUGUGCGGCGGUCACUGUAGCUAUGUAUGCUGCACCUUUAUCUGUCAUGAGAACUGUGGCAAAUGCAAUUGGAAUCGUAUCGGGCUCAGCCCAACUGAUCAUCUAUAUGAUUUACAAAGAUAAGUCAUCACUUGUGGAAUCUGAAAAAACGGAAGUGAAAGAAGCCUCAAUUCACAAGCUUGAAGAGGGCAUCAAAGCACAAGACAUGAAUGAAUUUGAUGAAGGCAAGUUGAAAAGUCGGAGCGCAACCCUCCCUAAGCCAUCCAUAUCCCGAGCAUACACUAUCAAUAAACUCAUGAGAUCAGAUUCUAUGAGUCAAUACGAAUCGCAUUCGACCUUCCUUUUGGUCCCAUAG